AACCCAUUAACGAAGUCUCCCGUUGCCAACUGCUCUUUGUCUCUUUACUCUUUUGUUUCAAACGAUUCCUUUGAGGGAAGAAGAAGAAGAAGAAGAAGAAGAAAUGUUGCGUAACUGCGAGAAGAUGGUUGCUGUCAUCACUUCUUCAGCUACUAAUGAAUGGCCACAGAAGCUUAUGGAGAAACCAAGCCAAGAACAACAACAGGUGCAGCAGCAACAAGCUUUAAAGUGUCCUCGUUGUGAUUCAUCGAACACCAAGUUUUGUUACUACAACAACUACAGUUUAUCACAGCCGAGACAUUUUUGUAAAGCUUGUAAGCGUUAUUGGACUAGAGGUGGUACUUUAAGGAACGUUCCCGUCGGUGGUGGAUGUAGGAAGAACAAGCGUGUUAAAAGGCCAACUGUUUCAGCCUCAACACCGCCGUCUAUCGGUGGAGCUUCACCAACAUCUGGUGGUGGUGGUGGUGUAAAUCAUAAUUCAACAACCUCAAGUCACCAUAUCAACCCUUUGUUUUAUGGUUUAACUGCUAAUGACCCUUAUCAUGAUGUUAUCAAUCUUCCAUUUUCUCGUUCUAGUACUGUCACUGGUUAUGAUCUCCAACCUCAAAUGAGUGGUCUUGGAUUAGGGUUUUCUUCUGGGGAUAAUACUGAUCAUUACCCACCAUUGCUUUCAAGCUAUACCAAUAUUUUUGGGUCUUCAUCUUCUUCUUCUACUACCACUACUACACCCACCAUUGCUUCUCUUUUGGCUUCUACUCUUAACCAACACAAAUUCAUCAAUGGUGGUGUUAAAAACACUGAAGCUUUACCACCUUUUCCAGAUCUUCAAACAGCAGCCAUGAAAGAUAUCAAAGUACCAUGCCAGAAUCACCUUGAGCAAAUUACUUCACUUGAUCCAUCACUUUAUUGGAGCACAAAUAUAGGUGCUUGGCAUGAUCCAACAAACAUUGGGUCCUCAGUCACCUCUCUGAUCUAGCAAGCAACAACACUAGUACCUUAUUGAUCUUUCAAAUCAUCUCCCUCUUUCACUAGAGUCUUUUUUUCCCCCCUUAGGUCCUUAGUUUCUAAUAGUCAAAAGUAUGGUGUGGGAAUAAAUUAAAGUUUGAGAGUACUGAUCAAAGCAUGGGAAGCGAAGAUUGGAUCGGAGCGAUCAUGUCAGCUGCAAGAAUAUUUCAGCCUGUAGUUUUAUUCUCAAAAAAAGGCUGAAAAAAACCCCUUAAUUUGCGCUGAGAGGAACCUCGGAUCCUCUUCAUCACCAUCUGCAAUAUGUUGAAGAGACAGGCUUUAACUCCCUUUUGCUGCAACUUUUUUUUGUUUUUGUUUUUUUAAAUCCAGUAAGUUUGGCUUCUAUUUUGUAUGUAUAUAUAUAAAUAUAUAUUGCAUUACAGGUUCUUAGGUUGGGUUUUUAGAAAGGGUGGUAUAUGUUGCAGCCCUCAGUAAAAGAGGAACUCAUUUUUUUCUUCUUUUAAUUUCUUUUUUUUUUCCAUUUUUGUUGUGUUGGGAAGUUGGGGUAUAAUUAAUAGUAUAGAACAGAGGGAGAUUUGUACCUGCAAACCGCAAUUUAAGCACUUAUUUACUGUGACUGGUCUGUUCUUCUUCUUCA